AUGGAUAGCGUGCGUGGGUGGUCCCAGAUAGCGAACAUUUGCCAGCAGAACAUGCAGCCGGACAAAACUGCACUUGACAUUUGCCAUGCUUGUUUCAGAAUGUGCGCUGCCACUAGCGUUGACACCUUAAACUUGCAUGUGGACUUGCUUGGUGACCGGACAACCAGCGUCAGUGCUUGUGCUGAUGGGCUUGUCAAACGGCUGUUGCUUUGCACUGGGGACGCGCUCUGUUUGCGCCGCCCACCAAAAGUGUUAUGGCAUGUUUUGCUUCACAUCAUGAUUGUAUGUACCACUUGGCUUUUUCCAUGUCACAGCAGAUGGCGCAAGACAUCGCCUUCUGUUGAGAAACUUUGGGCUUGUGCUGUUGCUUGUCGGUCCUUGUUGUGGCUUUCUGGCCAAUACAACUCUGGUACUGCGCGACGCGUAGGUCAACUUUUGGAGCCGAGAUUCCGCUGGCUGCUGUGGCGACAAAUUAGGCCCAAAGACUGGGGCAAACAAGCCAUGCAUGCAACUGCGGAUGAGCUCCUCCAUUUGCAGCUACUUGCUUGUAGCGUACAACCACAUGCCGGUAAUCUGUACGGCUGUCAUGGCAUGUCGCCUUUUGUUUUGUAUGCUUGGGCAUCGCGUUGUAGCUACUACGUAGGUAUUGCGUCAGUGGAAAGAAAGCAAAAGCGUUCAACUCCUGGCCCAGCCUGUCGUUGGCUUGAACACAUGUGUGGCAUGUUUCGCACCCACACAGCUGAAAGCCAAAAGCUGCGCUACAAACUGAUGCGACGCUUUCGGCCAGAAGACACUUUCUUCUUGGUUUGUAGGGCUGGCCCUGAAGUUCGUGUCCGGGCCAUGGAAACUUUGGUAAUCGCAUCCAGAAGACCCCCUUGCAACGUUGGACGUGCUAAUACCUCUAGGUCUUCCAAAGUUGUGCCACGUCAGCGCAACAGGCCCCCGAAGCCUUUUAGACCUAAACCGUCCAACGUUGGCCCUUUUGAUUCUGUUGAAGCUGAACUUGCUGUGAGCAAUUGCCUUGCAUGUCGUUCGCCUGAGCCUCCUUCUGGGUUGCCGCAGUUGAACAAACCUUGUGAUUUUGAAUCGGCCUAUCGUUUAGCCCUGCGUCAUCUUGUGGCGGAAUGUGGCUUGCUGGGCCCAUGCGACAUUUAUGACCCGCAACAUGUUUCUUUGUUGGUUCGUUGGCUUGGUCGCAAGAACGCAUGUAUUGAUUGGCUUUUGCUUGAGAAAAAAUGGAAGGUAAAGAGCGGACCUGCUACCGUGGUUCGUUUUCUUGGCCUCUUGAAGGGUCGGCGUUCACAUUCACUUGCCACGAGAAGACUUAACAGCCAACUCCGUUUGAGAAAGUUGCCGCCAAUCGCUGGAGUUUCAUGUGCUGUACCACGCAUGUCAUGCCUCAACGUUUUUCGUAGGGUUUUGGUCCGUGCCGUUCACUCUUGUAGUUGUUGGAAUGAUGAAGAAAAGUCAUGGCUGCUUUCACGCAUACGCUUGGUGCCACAUGGUUUGAAGAAACAUAGAAGCAUGUGCAGUGCCCCUUUGGUUAGCAGGCAAUUCUGUCUUGAAGACAUGCUGUCUCAUGACACAGAUGCGCUUGUUCCCUGUGAUGCGGCUUCACACCUUGUGCGUGUUGAGAAAAUUUGGGAUGUGCCCAUCCGUCCUACAGUUGCCGAGGACAACCAAGUUGUUCGCCGUGCAAUUCGGCGUUGCUGUCAUUUUCUCCAUAUCGACCACCAGAUUGCGGACAUUGCGGCCCAAGAUGCUGUUAGGUCUUUAUGUCAGGACAGAUGCUACAUGAAAGAACAGCAUGUAUGGCAUGCCACUCAGAACGCAUAUGAGGACUACACUGUUGACAUGAGCGUGAAUGCGUCAGAAGUACUGACGCCUGACGACAAGGACAAAAAGUUCAUGUGGAAAGUCCCUUUGCUUUGUUACCAGUGGCUCUUGUUCAAAUUUGCUAUGUUGUCGCCGGCUUGGGAACUUAGCAGCUUCGGUCUUGAGGAUGCUGAAGCAUGGUGUCAGGAGGUUUUUCGUAUCCUUCUGCCUACCAGGCUAAAAGCUUUUCUCAAAAUUCCCAAGUACACACGUAUUGUCCCAUACUAUUACGGCACAGUUAAGAGCAAGUGUUUUACCGCCGGUCAAACAGUUGGCCACAUUUGCACAAAGCCUGCGCAUUCAUGUCUUAGGAAGAUUGUGAGUUUUUGCAAGUGGCCCUUCAGGCGCCGAUGGCGUUUCAUCCAUCGUGCGUGGGAGACAGUAGUGAGAAGCAUGGACACUGAUGAAGUUUGGUCACUCAAAGACGCUUGCCAUGUCAUGUCUUCCCGUAUGCAUGUUGCAGGCGUGAGCGCUGGCUCUUGCACGUGUACGAGAUGCGGCGUGGAGAAACCUACUUCCGUUGCCUUGACGGCCGAUGCCGGUCAGUUCUUUGAAGCAGUAGCCCCUAGCCAGGCUAUCUCUGCUGCAGCGCGUUGCUUAUCGCAUUACAGUACAGCUUCUGGCCAUACUACUGUUACUGUGCAAAAAGGCCCACGUCGCACCUCUUUCCUAGGUGGUUGCGCGGGCAAUCAGGAUACCUGGAGGUUGGUUGUUUCCUUUAGCGAGUUAUUCUUGGCCUUUUCUGCAUGCAUGUUUGUGGGAUAUGUAUCGCUUGGUCGGACAAUUUUUCGCUUGAAGGGCUUGCCGAUCGGAGGUGUCUUGAGUAAAGUUGCUACCAGUAUUGUCCUAGGUGAGCAGGAAGUAGCGUGGCAGCAUUCUCUCCGGAGAAGAGAUGCCCUUGGUUUUGCCGCCACGACGCCAUCGUGGAAUAGAGAAGUCGCAAGGGGGCGAUAUGUCGAUGAUCUCCUUUGGGUCGGUUUGCACGGUUGGACGAAUGCAUGUUGUCUUUGGAAGCCUGGCUUGACGCUGCUAUUGCCAUCCUACAUGGUUUUAGAAGCGCUGGCUGGUCAGGAUGGAAAAAAGUCUAAGAAAGACAAAGCAAAAAAGAAGAAGAAGCGCUCCACCAGCACUUCCUCUUCCAAGUCUGAUUCUACGGAUAGCCGGGCCAAGAGCAAACGGCGCAGCAACGGCAAGAGGAAAGCGCCCGAGGGUGCGCACAUACUGGGCCAAAAAGACAUUGAAGAACUUCAACAAUUUCGCCGUCAGGCGGAAAUCCAGAAGAUCCGAAACGAAGUUUUGGCUAGCAUACCCAGUGGGCCCGGCGCUUCCAGCAAAAGUGCGCCAACGGCAAAGCCAGACGAAAUGCCUGGUGACACGACUGCAGAAGCUCUUUCCCCUAAGACCAAGAAAGUUGUGCUUGCUCAAUCCCGCAUUCUCGGUCAAGAUUCGGUGUCCAAACGUUUACUCACUGAUGAGGUGGUAUCAUGGGUGGAUGUGAAGGCGCAACUCAGCGGUCAGUCCGCACAAGACGUCAAGUCGCUGUGUGCACAGAUCUGUGAGCACGCGCCAAGAAACAAGGGUGACUGCAUCACGAAAAUCAUGGAGCAACUCCAGAAUUUGGACUGA